AUGGAUGUUAGGGACCAUGAAGGGCCAUUUGAACCAACUCCGUCUCCUUUUUGGGGGAGCCCAAGUCCUCCUGUUCCUACAAUGCAUGAUCCAUUUGCACGGGCACCAUCUCUGUAUCACACAGCGCCAGUCCAGCAGUCGCCAUUCCAUCCUAUGCCAGUGCAACAACAUCCUCACAUGACUCCGGGAGUGUAUCACAUGCCCUCGCCAUACCAGCCAACGCCACCGUCGCAGUAUCCACAUUCACCGUACCUGCACCCGACAUUCGUGCCUGACGGAAUGGGUGGAUACUAUCAGACAAUGGUAAAUCCCGCUGCUAUGAUCCCGGGACAUCCUCAUGGUGGCCUUGUUUACUCGCCUGUUGUUGCAAAGCCGGGUGCUCUCAAGAUUUGA